AUGCCUGGAGGUCGAGAGGAACUAAUGGCCUUCCUAGAUAAGGAAGGAAUAUCCACAGAAACUGUUGAACAUCCUGAAGUAUUUACAGUCGAAGCUAUGAUGGAACAUUUAAAGGAUAUCAGCGGUGCAGUUGGCAAAAAUCUGUUUCUCAAGGAUAAAAAGAAGAAAUUGUGGCUUUUGACUACUUUGCAUGACCGUGAAAUCGACCUGAAAGAUAUAGCAAAAAAAGUUGGAGCUCCAGGGGGGUUGAGGUUUGCAGAUGAAGCCAUUUUACAAGAGAAAUUAGGUGUAAGCCAAGGUUGUGUCACCCCCCUGGCACUGUUCAAUGAUCAAGCAGGGGACAUCAAGGUGAUCUUGGAUUCGGGAUUUUUUAAUGAUGGCCAUGAACGAUGUUAUUUUCAUCCAAUGGUUAAUUCAGCAUCAACUGGAUUAACGCCAGACGAUCUAACGAAAUUUGUUAAAGCAACAGGACAUGAAGCGAUUUUAAUAGAUUUUUAG